AUGAAAUUCUUAUUUGUUGAUGUUUAUUGGUAUCUUAUUUUACUUACUAUUAUUGCACUUAUUCGACAAACUUCAUCAGCUGCAGUAUCACCACAAAAUUCAAUUUCAUUAUAUACUGAGAAUGAUAAAGUAGCAAUUCUGACAGGUCAAAAUUUUUCAUCGAUAGUUUAUCAAUCUAAAACAGCAUGGCUUAUUGAAUUCUACGCUAGUUGGUGUGGGCAUUGUCAAUCUUAUGCUAAUACUUAUCGCGAAGUUGCUAUUGAUAUUUGGGGAUGGAGAACAGUCGUUCGUAUUGGUGCAAUAAAUUGUUAUGCUGAUGAAAAUAGUGCUUUGUGUGACAAACAUAAUGUUUCGACGUAUCCAACACUUCGUUUAAUAGAACCAGAAGCAUUAAUGAAUACAUCUAAGAUCAUAACCCUAUCAGCAAGUGAUGCCAAAGGUGUAGAAAAAGAACUAAUUAAAAAACUUGUUGAUUUAAAGAGAACGGACAAAACUUGGCCACAUUUCUCACCUUUUAAUCGAGCUUCAUUCGAAGAUCUUUAUAGUCGUAUUUCAUCAUCUGUGAAAUUAGUAUUAGUUAUUAUAGAAAAAGGUGAUGACUUUACUGGCCGACAGAUAAUGCUCGAUUUUUCUAAAUAUUAUGAACAAUUAGCAAUUUUUCGAAUGACAACAGAUAGAAAAUUAUGGUAUAAAUUUCAAAUUAAUAUGACCGAUAUACCGGCUCUAUUUGCUAUUUUUCCAAAUAAUACUGUAGAACAAAUUGAUACUAAACAGAAUACGAAAGAAAAAAUUGGUAGUCGAAAUUUAUUAAAUUAUGCUAUUCGUUCAUAUAUUGGUCAAAGACAAUUUAUUGAUAAUUUUGAUGAUCGUGAUUUAGAAGAAAUAAUUCAAAGUAAAAAUGCACUUGAAAAUAUGAACAAAAAAAGAAAAUCGAAUCAAGAUAAUACAGAAAAAAAUACUUUAUUUAAUAAAAAUAUUAUUCAUCAAAAAAUUAAUAUGGUCGAUUUUGAAACAUCUUUAUCUUAUAUGUUACGUCGAGAAAUAUCUCGAGUCCAAGAAAUUCGUGGUGAAACUUAUGAUGCAUUGGUACAUUGGUUGAUUGUUCUCACUAAGUAUUUUCCUGGUCGUGAACCAGUUAUGAAUUAUCUUAAACGAGUAUUAUCAAAAGUAAAGGAACAACCAAAUGGUUUAACUGGAAAACAAUUUCGAGAAUUAGCUGAUACAAAUACACCAGAUAGUUAUUUACCAAAUAAUCAAGUUCGAUAUGAAUAUUGUGCAGGUUCUUCACCACAAUAUCGUGGUUAUCCAUGUACUCUUUGGGCACUUUUUCAUGCAUUAACUGUUUCACAAGUUCAAUUAGAAACAAAACGAAUGAAUACAAUUGAAAUUCCUUCAGCUAUAAAAUAUUUUAUAAAAAAUUUUUUUGGUUGUCGACAUUGUAGUGAAAAUUUUAUGAAAGAAACAAAAGAUAUUCAUCAACUUGAUUCACAAAAUAAACAUGCAGCUAUUAUUUAUCUUUGGAAAAUUCAUAAUCGUGUUAAUAAACGUUUACAUGGUGAUGAUACAGAAGAUCCACAACAUCCAAAAAUUCAAUUUCCAUCAGAAUCUCUUUGUCCAAAUUGUCGUUUAACUAAUGAUAAUAGUGAUAAUAAUUUUGAUUUAUCAAAUACAAUUAAUUUUCUUUUACAACAUUACUCAAAAGAUAAUAUCGAUUUAUCAUCAGUAGAAAAUUUCAUAAUAACUCAUGAUAGUAAACAAAAUCUAAUACCUCGACGUGAACGCGGAACUUCACUAGAUCAAUAUUCAAUGAUUGAAAUAACUAAUGAAUCAACACAAACAUCCGGAUUAAUACGAUCUAUAAUUUCAAUGAUUCAACGUUUUCCAUUGUAUUCUUUUAUAUUACUUGUGAUUAUUAUUAUUUUUGUUCGACGACGAUAUUAUAAAGGCAAACGAAAACGUUAUACACUCUAA